AUGCUGCUGCUGCUGUGGAUGUUUGUCUUGCUGAUGGUUACACAUGGACGCAAGUUCCAUGAACAACUUGAUAAGCAGGACCUAGUCUACUACUUUGGCGUACAAGAACAACAACAUGUACCACCUUAUAUGUUUAUUGAGAAACCAACGAUAACAUCUUUCAAAAGAAAAGACGGAAAGAUUUUCUCCCUGCGAGCAUUUGGAGAGAGGUUUAUAUUCAAGCUUAGAGUUAAUGAGGAGAUUCUAACAAAAGAUUGUGUCCUGCAGCACUUCAAAAGUAACGGAGUGGUGAUGUCCUCUCCCUGCAGUGACCACUACCGUUCGUGUAACUACCGUGGUCAGUCUCUCUCACACAAGGAUGGCUUUGCAGCAAUUAGCAACUGCGAUAUACUCGUAGGGGUUAUUUCGACCUCCAGCCUUGAUCUUACCAUAUUACCUUUGAAAACGAGCCAUUCCAGCCUUCUUCGAUCCUUGAACCGGACGACACCUUUAGAGGAUGCAUACAUUGUGAACAAGCUUACCAGGAGGGCGCCAGGUUUCCAGAAAAAACAAAUGAAGACCAGCCAUGACAUACCUAUCACAGUAGAAAUUGUGACGGCAGGUUCUGUGGUUGACUCCCAUGCUAACGACAAAAGCCUAUACGGACUAAACAUCACCACGUUCCUCUCCAUAAAUAUGAACAUUGUUUACUCCUUGUUCCAUGACGACACACUGACAUAUCACCUCUCGCCAUCCAUUACCCGAAUUACAACAUUGAACAACACACAGAUCUUCGGUAAUAUGAAAGACAAAUUCUACAUUUUCGACAAGUUUGCAGAAUGGCACAGUCAUACAAGUCCACUUUACAGAGCAGAUUUGACUUUACUCGUAGUUACAAAAGAACAGAUAGGUGAAGAAAACAAGGAUGAGUACGACAUAAAUGGCUUAGCUUAUCUCAGUGGAAUGUGUAAGGACGAAGACAGUAAACGCAUAAUGGCAAAGGAUAAAGGACUGGGCACGGCCUUCACCAUCGCGCACGAGAUAGGGCAUACACUGAGGAUAGGACAUGAUAAUGACUUCCCCGAGUGUCAUGACAGCGGGAACAUAAUGCAGAGAUCUGCGACUUAUGGGCGAUCCAGUUUCCAUUGGUCAAGUUGUAGUGACAAUGCAAUGAAGGCAUUUUUCGAGUCGGACGAUUCUUCAUGUCUGCAGAACAGAACUACCGGUUCCAGUAACAUGACGGUGUUACCUGGCAGUCUUUAUGACGAGGAGGCCCAGUGUAAGCUUACCUUCGGGAACAACUUCACACCGAACUACUAUAGAAAGGAUAAGUGUAGCCAACUUUCUUGCUGCUAUGACCAAAGACAUUGUAUCAACAUUGGUUAUCCUUUAAUGGAUGGUACGGAGUGUGGUAACGGAACCAGAACGUGGUGUAUAAGAGGUCAGUGUGUGGACAUAGGAGCCGACGGACCCUCGCCUGUCCAUGGCGGAUGGUCCUCCUGGGAAAUGUGGUCCAUCUGUUCUCGGACAGCCGGAGGUGGGGUCCGCUUGCGCAAAAGGUUCUGCAACAACCCAAAGCCACGUUACACGGGAAAUAUCUGCUUUGGAAGUGAGAAUGAAGUGAGACUCUGUAACAUUCAGCCCUAUGGCGUGUCUGAUACAGAAUUCAAAGAACUUCAACUUUCUCAACAUCAUGCAAAUUUUGGAUGUGAUGGUUUUCUGGAAUCUCACUCCACGUUUGAUGUAUGCGGAGUAUGCAACGGAAAUGGUACACGGUGUCGUGGCGUGACGCGAGUGUUCGACCUUCCCGAUCAAUAUGACAACGAAGAAUCUGACCAGAUUCCAAUAGGUGACUACUACUAUGAUCGGUAUGACAUUGUCCUAACACGUCGUCAAAAAUGGGAGGAAAUUCAUAUUAUUGGGCCAUUGGAGCAAGAUGUCGAAUUCCAGGUAGAGGUGAUCGUCCAGCAUGCCCGUCAAUAUGACCUAAAGAUAAAUUAUACAUAUUACUUGCCUCUUGCUCUUCCUGACGAACAACAAUACCAAUGGACGUCCAACUGGUCAUCGUGUUCAGUUACCUGUGGAACAGGUUUCAUGUCUCUUGAACAUUUGUGUAUGGAUAUCGAAACAUGGGAACCUGUAGAAGAUAAAAACUGCGAUGCAAAAGAAUACCCUGUUGACAACAGAAUUACUUGUAAUGAAACACAGUGCUCUGUCGCGUAG